GGAGCCAGCGGAGCACCGUGGGCUGAGGUGCAGCCAGCCACCCGCAGCUCCCCGCGCCCCUGCGUCCCUAGCCCUCUGUGCCCCGCGCCUCUGGCAGCCUCCAGGAUUCGUCCCCAGGCAGCAUGGUGAGGUCUGCUCUUGGUCCCUCGCCACCAUGUACGUGAGCUACCUCCUAGACAAGGACGUGAGCAUGUACCCCAGCUCCGUGCGCCACUCCGGCGGCCUCAACCUGGCACCGCAGAACUUUGUCAGCCCCCCGCAGUACCCGGACUACGGUGGUUACCACGUGGCGGCCGCGGCUGCUGCCGCGGCGAAUUUGGACAGCGCUCAGUCGCCAGGGCCAUCCUGGCCCACCGCGUACGGCGCCCCUCUCCGCGAGGACUGGAACGGCUACGCGCCUGGGGGCGCUGCUGCGGCCAACGCUGUAGCCCACGGCCUCAACGGGGGCUCCCCGGCCGCCGCUAUGGGCUAUAGCAGCCCCGCCGACUACCACGCUCACCAUCACCCGCAUCACCACCCGCACCAUCCGGCUGCCGCGCCGUCUUGCGCCUCCGGCUUGCUGCAGACACUCAACCCCGGCCCUCCGGGGCCGGCAGCCACCGCCGCCGCCGAGCAGCUGUCGCCCAGCGGCCAGCGGCGAAACUUGUGCGAGUGGAUGCGGAAGCCCGCACAGCCGUCCCUGGGAAGCCAAGUGAAAACCAGGACGAAAGACAAAUACCGAGUGGUGUACACAGACCAUCAGCGACUGGAGCUGGAGAAGGAGUUUCACUACAGUCGAUACAUCACCAUCAGGCGGAAAGCUGAGCUGGCGGCCACACUGGGACUCUCGGAGAGGCAGGUUAAAAUUUGGUUUCAGAACCGCAGAGCCAAGGAAAGGAAAAUCAACAAGAAGAAACUGCAACAGCAGCAGCAGCAGCAGCCGCCGCCGGCCCCACCUCCGCCACAGCCCUCGCAGCCUCAGCCAGGUGCACUGAGGAGCGUGCCCGAGCCCUUGAGUCCUGUGUCUUCCCUGCAAGGCUCAGUGCCUGGUUCAGUCCCUGGGGUUCUGGGGCCAGCUGGAGGGGUGUUAAACCCCACUGUCACCCAGUGACUCCUCC